AUGUUCGGCAAUCGAUUCCCGCCCACCGGACAACCUGGCUCCUUCCAGCAGCAGGGCGUGGCUGCGGGGCAACAGGCACCCACAGCUGCGCCGGCACAGUUUGCACCCGGGUACGGCACAUUGCCUGUGGGCGCGCAACAGCUUCCUGGCGCCGCUGUUCCGGGACAUCAGUUAGGAGGUCCACAGACAUUCCUUGCACCUCAACAGCAGCAGUUCCAACAACAGCAGUUUCAGCAGCAACAACAGUUUCAACCACAGCAGCAGUUCCAGCAACCACCGCAGCAGCAGUUCCAGCAACCGCAGCAGCAGUUCCAGCCACAGCAGCCGCGGUUUCAGCCACAGCAACCAGCUGCGUCGGCGUACCAGAUUGCCCCGGGAUCCGCCUAUCCAGGUGCAGCCCAACCCUGCCGCAAGCUUAUCCCAGCGGAGCACCAGGAGGCCUACCACCACGAGCUCCAUUCGCGGCCCCACCACAGGGCCCAUAUGCAGCGCCCGCGCCACAGGGCGCACCGGGAGUUCAGCCACUGGGACCUCUACAAUAUCAGCCCGGGCCACCUGGCUUCGCCCCAGCGCCGCCUCAAGCUGUGCCACCGGUUGCAGGAGCCGCGCAACAACCCUUGCCGGCGCACCUGUUCACCGGAAUAG